CAGCAGCAGCAACAGCAGCAGCAGCAACAGCAGCAGCAGCAACAGCAGCAGCAGCAACAGCAGCAGCAGCAGCAACAGCAGCAGCAACAACAGCAGCAGCAGCAACAGCAGCAGCAGCAGCUCCGCGUCGCUCGCGCUGCGCGUGGGACCCUUUCGCUUGCGAAUCUCAACGUCAAGAGCCCUUUGACACGCCAACUCGGGCUUGCGCACGCUGUUAAGACCGUCCGUCGUGCACGAGUUGUGCGCCUGUAUUUAUUUUCAACAUUAAAAGUUGCGCGCGCGCUUCGACGUCUGCCGCAAAUUCAAAGUCGGGCGGAGCCGCGAGCGCGGCCUGCGCGCGAGGCGUUGGUGAAUGUGCGGGCCAUGACGGCGCCUCCACCACACAGACACGUGUUCCUGUCCGGGAACCCGGGCGUGGGGAAGACGACCCUGGUGCAGAAGGCCUGCGAGGCCCUGCGUGUAGCCGGCCUGGGAGUGUGGGGCUUCUACACCGAGGAGGUGCGGCAGGGCGGCCGGAGGAUUGGUUUCGACAUCGUGUCUCUGGCAGGAGAGCGCGGCACCCUGGCUCGGCUCGGCUGUGAUGGCGGCGGUGUCCCCUCUUCGCACCGGGAGUAUCGGGUUGGACAGUACGCCGUGGACCUGGUCUCGUUUGAACAGAUUGCUCUCCCGCUGCUGAGAAAACCAUCGGACCCAAGUGCUGGUGGUGCCCGAGUGCUGGUGCUGGAUGAGAUAGGAAAGAUGGAGCUGUUCAGCCAGAGCUUUGUGCAGGGUGUGCGACGGGCUCUGGAGAUUCCCACCACAAAUGUGCUGGGCACAAUACCCGUGCCAAAAGGCAAGCCUCUGGCGCUUGUUGAGGAGGUCAGAGGCCGUGGGGACAUCAAACUGUUCAUGGUCACGAAGGAGAACAGGGAUUCUCUUUUGCCAGCCAUCGUGCAAGCAGUUCAAGAAUGCAAAUGAUUGAAAGGCAGAGGACAAAUGGCAGUGGAUCUCUGCAUAAAUAUAGGUUGACCACAAAUUGCACUGGUCACAUCAAAACUCCUUCUGCAUCUUCUUUCAACCUCGAUGUUACAUUGUGUUGGCUCUGAUGUAUGUAAACAGCAAGUGGCACUGUAAGUGUUCAUUCCUUAUGUUGUAAGGUUGGAAUUUUAAAUCCAAAUUUGGGGUUAACUCUCACCCCAUUAUCCUUCCAGGUUUGAUACAAUGAACACCUUUGUGGAAAAGAAAGUGGUUAUCCCAUGAAGAGAAUAGCCCAUCAUGGGAAUGUGGAUUUUCCACCACUGGUUUAACCACCUAUAUAAAUGUUGACACAUUGUGCAUUGGAAAAAACACAAUGUUUUGUGCUGCUAACAUGCUCUAACUUAUAUUUGGUUAUCCAUUACAGAUGCUUUAUUAAAAAUAUAAAAAAAGUCAAAACAUAAAAACACUUAAAAUUAUUUGCAAAGCCUUCAUUUACAUAAAGUGUAGGCAUAUGAAUGAGCUUGGGCCAAUUAAGGACUAACAUUUUGCUUCAGGCUAGAUAAAUAAUGCAGGCUGAAGUUUAUAAUUUUUACAUUGAACCUUAUAAAUAUAUUUCAGUGCUUAGAAGGUUUGUUUUCUUUACAUGAGUGUUGACAGUGUUGCAGUUGUAAAUAAAAAGAAAUGUCUUCACUUG